AUGGAGACACAAACACUUUUACAUCAAUUGGUAAAGCAAGCAUUCCCAGAUUCAAUUGAGGACAGCACAUUUAAUAACUAUAAAACUUAUUUUUUGAGAAUUCUAAAUGUGCGUACAGGUAUUUCAUUGAUGGAUGAAUCUGAACUUCAGGCAGAGAUGACUAAAAUGACUAAUAAAUCAUAAGCUUAUAGAUUGCAAGAUUGUUUGAAUCGAUUAAACAAAACGAGAUUAAGAAGGAAGAAUGAACUUGUUCACUUCCUCUUUCGUACAAGUCAACUCGGCUAGAACAAUAGUUAUACAAAUUAAACUUUAGACACCUUGUUUAAAUCAUAGGAGAUAUCUUAAAUCAAUUAUUCUCAAACAAUACCCAAAAAAGUCAUAGAGGAGAGUCCUAAAAAUAAUGACUAACUGAACAUUAUCCAAUAAAUUAUUGAUAAAGGAAAUGCGACACUAUCUAUUACAGAAAAAGAUCUGAUUAAAGAUUUAAUAUUUAGCAUUUAAGGUAUAGAGAGUUAAUAUAUCUGUUAUGAUCCAAUUAAUGAUUUAUUUUAAGUGAAAAAAGAUAUAGCAAUUAGUUCAGCUAGUAGGAAGUUACUGAAUGCCAUGUGUGAAUGUGGAUGGCUAUUCAAAAAAAUACAAGCAUUCACUUAAAAUAAUUAUAAUAGUUUAGUCUUAUAGGCUUUACAGAAUUCCAUCAAAGAAGAAUUAAAUGAAUAUUACAGAUUGAUUGCAUAUUUUGAAAAUCUUCUAGCAGAAUCAACAUUAACGCUUAGGAAAAUGUAUAUGUGGUUGAAACAGCCCAUGCACCAUUUAGUUUAAAUCAACUUAGUGUUAUCAUAAAUUUUGACUAAUGUCUAAUUGGGUACGACAUCUUCUUUAGUGAUUUCUAUUCUUUGCAGAUAUUCAAAGCAUGGUUGUCCAUUAACAUCCUAAUUGUUUUCUAGAAUUUUACAUCAAACAACCAUACCAAUUGUUAGAUUUAUAAAUCAAUGGAUUUUCGAUGGGUCUUUGAGUGAUCAAGCCUAAGAAUUCUUUAUUGAAAGAAAUGAUUCUAAUAAAAUAUAAAUAAGAGACAGCGGAGAGUUGUGGAAGAAUGAAUUCAAAGUUAACCAAGAUAAAAUACCUUAUAUGAUUUCUUUGAAUGAUUCUUUUAAAAUCUAUGAUACAGGUAGAGUAAUUAAUUGGCUUAGAAAAUAGUGUAAAUUCACACAAUUCAAUUAAAAUUAUGAUUUAAUAACUAUUGAUCUACUAGGUACUGAAUAGUUUUCUCUAUUUGUUGACUAAGUCAAUAAGGAAUACAACAAAUAGUUAAUUUAAUUGAUUAAACCAAACUUUAAAAUUACACUAAACGCAAUCAAAAGAUUUUUAUUGUUGGGUUAAGGAGAAUUUAUACAUACAUUGAUGGAAUUAUUAUAAACUGAGUUAAAUAAGCCAGCUCAAUAAUGUUAUAGGCAUACUUUGUUGAGUAUUUUGGAAUCAGCUUUCAAAAAUAUCUCAUAAGAAGUUAGACUGAAUGUAAAACUCCUUGAGCCUUCUUAAAAUGAUACUGGUUGGGAGAUUUUCUGCUUGGAUUAUGCUAUUGAUGAACCUUUGAAUACAAUUUUCAAUUAGAAGAUUAUGUUGUCAUAUUAUAGAAUUUUCAAUUUUUUAUGGAGAAUUAAAAGAGUUGAAUUUACAUUAACUUAAUGUUGGAAAAUGCAUUAGAAAUUUAUGGCAAUUCCAAAUCAAUUCCAAACUAUAAAAAAAGCAAUUUAGUUAAGUUAUCAAAUGAUGAAUGAAAUGCAACAUUUUAUCAAAAAUUUUUACAGUUAUCUCAUGUUGGAAGCGAUAGAAAGUUCUUGGAAAAAAUUCAUAGAUGAGUAAGAUAAAAUUUAGGAUUUGGAUAGUUUAAUAAAAACGCAUGAAUUAUUCAUAUCAGAUAUAUUAGACAGAUCUUUCUUAAAUACAAAGGGAGAAUCAACAUAAAAAUUGUUAUUCAAAUUAUUUGAUUAUAUAUUUAGAUUUAAGAGUUGUCAGGAGUUGCUAUUAAGCUAUGCAAAAGAUUAAAUAUCAUAAACUGAUAAUUAGCAAUUAUAAUUGAAAAACUUGCUUAACAAACAAUAAACUUUAGGUAGAUAAACUCAGAGUAAAAAUUAAGACAUUAUUAAAUCUUUAUUGGAAUUGAGGAAACAAUAUAGAGAUUAAAUGUUUGAAUUACUCGAAAAACUUAAAAAGGAAGAUAGAUUAAAAUUCCUUCAUUUCAAAUUAGAUUUCAAUGAAUAUUAUUUGGGAAUCUAAGAAUCCAAAAUAUUUAAUCAAGAUUUAGAAAGAUUUAUAGAGAAAUGCUUGCCUAAAGUUAACGAAGUCUAAAUACCACCUCAUCGAGUUCAAAGUAAUAAGUCACUAGUACAACCUCAACAGCCAUAGCAAAGAACUUUCAAUAUAAAUACUGAAUUUUAGAAUGAAGUGAGAUCAGUCAAAGAAGGAUUAAAAUUAUUAGAAGAAUAAAGAAGAUAACAACUUUAAUUAAAAGAUUAAUUCAGUAAAUCUCCUUUGCAAAAGUCUCCAUUAUUGCAGAUACCACCGACAAUGACAGAACAUGAAAAAAGAAAGAAUGAUGAAGAUUUAAGUUCAAGUGAUGAUGAUUGA